AUGUUUGGCAUGUUCUGCGACGACAACAUUGAUGCAGACUUCAAGUACCUCCACGUCUUCAAGCGGAUCGACAAGUGCGAGAAAUGGGCGGCUGUCCGACGCACCCUCGCCAAGGCCAAAGAGACGUACAAACCGGACGCACCGACCGCGGGCGCGGCCGACGGGCGCCCGGAAGGCAACAAAGGUGCCAAGAAGGCGAAAUACGCCGAGUCGGCUGCCGCGCGCGUGCAAGAGUCCAUCGAACACUGCAUCGCCAACGCCAAGACCAGAGCCGCCGAGCGAGAGGAGAAAACUGAGGCAAGGUGGGUUGUUUUGAUGACGAACAGCGCCGUCAAACUCGACUUGCUUCGGACCAGCGCCGCCGCGAAGCUCAAAGCUCAAGACGCCAAGAAGAGGAACAACGAUCUCGCCUUUUUGAUGGGCGGCGCUGACAUGCUCCAGAGCGGCGACAAGAAGCUCAAGGCGUGGUUCUUGGCCAAUCGCGGCCUCAUCCUGGCCCAGAUACCGGCGACGCCGACGCCGCCGCCCAGCCCGGCGGCUGAUGACGAUGCCUCCGCGACGCCCAGCCCCACCGAGGAUGAUGCCUCCGCCGCGCCGAACAGCCCGGAAGCCGCGCCAAACAGCCUGAAAGCUCUACCCGUCUUUUCUAAAUUUAGUAGUUUUAGUUGCAACAACAAUUACAUAUGUUCGUCUCUAACCUGUCACGGCGCCCUCUUGAACGAUGCUAUAAAUUACUAUCUUACUGAAAAAAUAGACGGGUGCGGCAACGCGCGCCGCCAUGAUCUAGUAUCAUUGCAAGACAGCACACUCUACAUUGACAGUGGGAUCCUCACCUUGGCGGGGGAUGAGUGGCCCCAGUCCGACCGUACCAUCUACAUGAAUUUGUCACUCCCCCUCAACGACACCAUAUAUAGGGUAGCAGACGGGAAUGAGAUCAUAGUUAUGGGGUGCGGAAUCUAUUUCCUUGUUCAAUGGCCUUCUCCUGGCAGUUGGCCUUCUCCCCAUGAUGAAUCCGCCAGCAGCUCCUGUUCUUCGAAAUGCAUGCCGGGUCAUCCCGUGAUAGCAACUGAUGGCACAUGUUCUGACUUGCCAUCGAUAGCAAAUGGUUGUUGCACUACAGGUACCAUCUUUUCUAACUCAAAUAAGUUUCCCUUCGAGUACACCGUGGAUAAAGAGAAGUUGCCGGUCAACUCAAGCCUUGCAUUGGUGGAGAGAAAAUGGUGGAGCGAGAAGAAGAAUGCCAUGAUGCUGCAGAAGGCGGCAUCAUCUGACACCACCCUUGGUGCCUCCAAAGGCGUACUACACCCCAUACCAGGGGUACCAAUUAGAACGGCUAUCAGUUGGCUGUUCGGUAACUUGUCGUGUGCUGAGGCUAGCAAUUCAAGUGAAUUUGGGUGCCUCAGCGACAACAGUAAGUGCCUCGAGUACCCUAAAUCAGAUGAUUCAACAGGAGGCCACACAUGCCAGUGUUGGCAUGGCUACCAAGGCAACCCUUAUGUGCAACAUGGAUGCCAAGAUAUUGACGAGUGUACAAGUCAAGGCGAGUACUCCUGCUUUGGCCAGUGCAUCAAUCUGAUAGGGUCAUAUACAUGUACCUGUCCGGAUGGCACCACUGGUAACCCCCGAAAACAAAAUGGAUGGUCUUCAACCAAAUCAAAAAAUCAGGUACCUGUCCGGAUGGCACCACUGGUAACCCCCCAAAACAAAAUGGAUGUUCUUCAACCGAAUCAGACAAAUCAAAAAAUUCAGGAUUUUCCGUUGCGGUUGGAAUAGGCAGUGGUGUAGGCAUUCUUCUAAUUAUUCUCAGUGUUAAGACGAAAGCUCAUAGUUGCGAAAGCAAGGAAGUCAAGAGAUUUUUUCUUCAGAAAGAACAGAGGAUUGUUGUUACAG